CGACGCCUUUUAGCGCCAGUAUAUUCGAAUCCUUCGUCGGUUGUUGACGCGUUUUCGUACAAGUCCUCCGCCACGUGGACCAGUUUAAAUCAAUUCGAUAAAAAUUACAAAAAAAAUCAUUGUCAGUGAGAUGCUCCUACUUGUCAUUCUCGCAAUGGCAUUAACUGAGACCGCAACUGAAACUUUCACAAUUGGAUAUUUGACCGGUUCUCAGAGGAGACCUGGUGAUUUGGAAUACCCCAGACCUGGUCUGACCAUAUCUGGGGCCAUAUCUCUGGCAGUCGAUGAAGUGAACAAAGGCAUUGUCGGCCAACGUGGCCACAGACUCGACUUCAUCGUGGCCGAAACCUACGGAGAGGAAGUGAUAAGUGUACAAAAAACGGCUGAUUUGUGGACGAAAAAUGUGUCGGCAUAUGUGGGGCCGCAGGAAACCUGCGAACAUGAAGCUUUCAUGGCGGCGGCUUUCAAUCUACCCAUGAUUUCAUACUUUUGCACCCAUUACGCCACUUCCGACAAAACGAAAUUUCCAACUUUUGCAAGAACACGACCACCUGAUACACAAAUUUCCAAGUCGGUGGCAUCUGUUCUCGUUGCAUUUAAUUGGACACAUGUGGUUUUAUUGUAUUUGAAAUCGCCGGACUUUGAGUUUGGAAAUAUUGCCACCAUAGUUUUGCAAACUCUAGCCUCGGCUGGAAUUACAGUAAUCACGACGAAAUAUUGGGACACUCCUUAUCACCACGGCUACGGGGAGAACCCUUUCUAUAAAUUGGUCGAACAGACCUACAGGGACACCAGAAUCUUCGUCAUUUUGGGUCACUAUUACGAACAUUUGGGACUAAUGGUGGCAAUGGAAGAGAAGAAAUUGUUCGAUAAAGGCGAGUAUUUCGUCCUGGGUGUGGAUAUCGAACAAUACGACAACGAGAAUCCAUCGAAAUAUUUACGAGGCCUUCUUCGAGACGAAACUGAUCCGGUGGCUCAAAAAGCCUUCAGGAAUUAUCUAGGAGUGGUUCCGUCCAGUCCGGUAGGCUUCGAAAACUUCACAAUACUUGUGAAUUCUUAUAUGGAAAAGCCACCGUUUAAUUUUCCGAAUCCUCUUAUCUUCGUCGGCGGAUCCAAACGGAUUAGAGCUGAAGCGGCUUAUUUAUACGACGCCGUGCACCUUUACGCCAAAGCUUUGAUUCAAGUUUUGGACGAAGGGGGGAAUCCCAGGAACGGUACGGAUAUAAUUGACCACAUGAAGGAGACGCAUUAUAAGAGUGCAAUGGGAUAUAUCGUCUAUAUGGACGAAAACGGAGACGCCGAAGGCAACUACACUCUAAUCGCCCGCAAAACCAGCACCGGUGACGAAAAAUUCGGCCUCUUCCCCGUCGGCAUCUUCGCCUUGAAACGAACCGACUCCAAACUACCAAUUCUUCACCUGACUGAUACAAUAGACUGGGUCGGAGGUCAGCCUCCAAUCGCAGCCCCGAUUUGCGGUUUUCGCGGCGAAAAAUGCAUCACCCAUACUAUGGAGAUAACGAGCGGUGUCACCGGCGGCAUAUUCCUGGUGAUCCUCGUGAUCUCCUUAGUGCUUUACCGGAACUGGAAAUACGAACAGGAACUCGAUAGUCUGCUGUGGAAAGUCGAUUUCAAAGACAUCCAAAUCAAUGAAGAAGCCGGGACGAAAAUAACCCGAUCGGUUCAUCCGCUGAUAAGGACCAGUCAAGUAUCGCUCAGUUCUAAUCCCGAUGCUGAUUUUCGCUAUUCGACCAUUUUUACCCAGAUUGGGAUUUACAAAGGGCGCGUUUUCGCUAUUAAGAAGGUUCAUAAAAAAUCCAUUGAUAUCACCAGAGAGAUGAAGAAGGAACUUAAAAUGAUGCGCGACCUCCGUCACGACAAUCUCAACGCUUUUAUCGGCGCUUGCACCGACCCUCCUAACAUUUGCAUAGUCACCGAAUAUUGCACAAGAGGCAGUCUUAAGGACAUCCUAGAGAACGACGACGUCAAACUCGACAAUAUGUUCAUCGCUUCUCUAGUCGGGGACAUUUUAAGGGGCAUGAUAUACCUUCAUGACUCCCCCGUCCGAUUUCACGGUGCCUUGCAUUCAGCCAACUGCUUAGUGGAUUCGAGAUGGGUGGUGAAAUUGGCCGAUUUUGGCCUACGUGAGUUCAAGAAAGGAGCGGAGGAGCCCGGAGUUAAAGAUCCGGCAAAAGUCCGGGAAAAAUGCUACAGAUUACUGUACAAAGCUCCCGAAUUGCUCCGAUUGCAAGAGUCGUUCGUUUCGGGACAGUUAGGGACCCAAAAAGGGGAUAUUUACUCGUUCGGGAUCAUUUUGUACGAGCUUCAUAGCCGACAUGGCCCUUUCGGGACCACGGAAUUAUCCUAUCCGGAAAUUCUCAGUAAAAUUAUACACAAUACAGGACCACAACCCUUUAGGCCGCCACUUGAAGCGCUAGAAAAUAGUUUCGAUUUUGUGAGAGAUUGUCUGAAGGAGUGCUGGGCUGAAAACCCCGAAGAUCGGCCCGAUUUUAAGAGCAUAAGGGCCAAACUUAGGCCUCUACGCAAGGGAAUGAGGCCCAACAUUUUCGACAACAUGAUGGCGAUGAUGGAGAAAUACGCCAACAAUUUGGAGGUGUUGGUGGACGAGCGCACGGAUCAAUUACAAGAAGAGAAAAAGAAAACAGAGGCUUUGUUAUACGAAAUGUUGCCUCGGCCUGUUGCCGAACAGCUGAAAAGGGGGAACAAAGUCGAAGCUGAAAGUUUCGAUUGUGUGACAAUUUAUUUCAGCGAUAUUGUUGGCUUUACAGCGAUGUCGGCCGAAAGCACACCCUUACAGGUUGUCGAUUUUUUGAACGAUCUUUACACUUGUUUCGACUCAAUCAUCGAACAUUACGACGUUUACAAAGUGGAAACAAUCGGAGAUGCCUAUAUGGUGGUCAGCGGGCUUCCAAUUCGCAACGACAAUCAACAUGCGGCUGAAAUUGCCUCCAUGUCUUUACAUCUUUUAGCGGAAGUUAAACAGUUUACGAUCAGGCAUAGGCCCACGGAAAAAUUAAUGCUCCGAAUUGGGAUUCAUUCGGGCCCAGUGUGCGCGGGUGUCGUCGGUCUAAAAAUGCCCCGAUAUUGUUUAUUCGGCGACACUGUCAACACCGCAAGCCGCAUGGAAUCAACAGGAAGCCCUUUGAAGAUUCAUUGUAGCUCGGAAUGCAAAGACCUUUUGCACAAACUGGGCGGUUACAACCUCAUGGAGCGCGGAAUGGUCUCCAUGAAGGGAAAAGGCGAACAACAAACGUACUGGCUUUUGGGGGAAGACCCCUAUUUCCGUAACUUGCGCAAGGAAGAGCGCUCAAAACGCCGCACAAAAACCGAGACCAAAUCGCUAAACACCAAUGGUCACUUCAUAAUCACGCGAAGCUCGCUCAAAAACAAAAACAGCAUAGUGCGCAGCCCCCUUCCACGGUGCUCCUCCUUCGAGAGCCCCAAAAAACUGCGUUUCGCCAGUGGUGACAACCUGGAGAAAAAAAGCGAUUCCAAUUUUUUGGAAGUAAUCUCCGAUAAUAGUCCGUGCAAAAAAUCCUCCAAUUCGCUCGUUGAGAAUUCGCUCGACUGUUGCAGCGAAGCCUGGAAGACGUCCAGCACUUCGUGUCCGUGUAUCGAAAAUUUAGCCAAUUCGGCUGCAACUUUGGCCCAAUCGCAGCUUUCGAUGCUGUACAAAGACGAGAAAAACGUUAAACUGGUCAGACCUACGUGUUACAGUGUUCCCAUGUUGUGUUCGUUGGCUGUUCCCCGACCGGUGAUUCACACGAUUUCGGCGCCCACUAGCCCCAGGAAGCAGGAUUUGGUCGAUUUGACCAAAUUCCCAGAGUGUGAGGAAGUCAUCCCCUGGGCGGAUUCCACGCCCUUGCUCAAAAUCACCAAACCGCAAGACUCGGAAACUGGUGUCUAGUCAUUUUUUAUGUUUGGAUUUAAGGCUCGUGUUAUUUCUAUUUAUUGAUGUUUGUUGUAAUAAACGUGCGUAUCGGA